UGGCCGUSAGAGUUACAAGAAAAUUGAUGAAAACUCAUUCAUUUUAUUUGCCUUCAGGCUCCAAUAUUUCAGUAAGAAAUGAUUUAUAUACUUUCCUAAGGCCUUUAGGGUCUUCUUGGUAUCAUAUUAACGAAGUUCACGGGAGUUCAAUAGCAAGAUCAACGCGAAAAAAUGGCAACGGCAAAAGCGAAGGAAAUGGCAGCUUACAUCAGUUUAGACGUGUUAUGAAACAAUUUGUGUCUGGCAGUAAAGACUUGGGAUCAGAUGUUAAGCGUUUAGUUGCGAUUAGGAAAAAGCUCAGGGCUAGUGGAAAGGAUUGGAAUGCUCUUACUGUAGAUGAAACUCUUCACCUACAUCAGAUGAAAAGUGAUUUGCUUAAGACACUGCCUGCAGUCUUCGUCUUCUGUAUUCCUUUCAUAGGAUAUGCUGCUCCACUUAUUGCCUUCAUGUACCCCAAGCAUUUAUUGUCACACCACUACUGGCUCCCCAGUCAAGAAGAGAAGUUUAUCAAACAUGACGCAGCAAAAAGGAGAAGCCACUACUUACCAUUAGUGAGAGAAGUGGGGAGGUACGCUCUACAAGAGAAGGGUAAAGAACCAGGCAAAGAAUAUGAAAAACUUUUUGAUGUUUCUAUAAAGACUAUAAACAAAGGCCAUCCAACAAAUGAGGAACUACUGAAAUCAUCUGAUAAGUUUACUGAAGAUAAACUUGGAUUUAAUGAGUUGCCCAAGUUCCACUUGAAAAAAUUAAGUCAAGCUUGGCUCAUAUUUCCAUGGCUUCCAAGACGUCUGUUACGAGGAAACCUAAAAAGGCGCAUAACAGCAAUCCGCAAGGAAGAUUUUGCCCUAAAACGAGAGGGUUUAGAAACUCUAGAUGAUCAAAAGAUCCGCAGGUUGUGCCAUCGUCGUGGUCUAGAUGUUUCUAAUUUGGACACAGAAGCAUUAAAGAAAUGGUUAAUGGAAUGGGUAGAGCUGUCGACGUCCGCCUCAGGUCAAGGAGAUUCGUUUUUAGCUCACAUUGCAGUAUACAAAACAAUGAAUUACCACAGGCAUCCCGCAAGUCCAACCAGCCCUUCAAGCUGACAACUUCAUUUUACUUACUUUAUUACUGUACUAGUGGGGCUUCAACCCAUCAACUGUGAUUACCAUUUCAAUGUAUUUUAAUCAAUAUGUAAAUAUUCAGUGUUAUAAAAUGAAUACAAUUUAUCAUAAACUGUUAUAUAUGUACAAA